AUGGAUGACAUCGAAGUUCCUCAAUAUUUCAUCUGCCCCAUAUCUCUCCAAAUCAUGAAAGACCCAGUGACAGCCAUAACAGGCAUCACCUACGAUCGGGAAAGCAUUGAACACUGGCUAUUCACAAGCAAGAACAAUACAACAUGUCCGGUCAGCAAGCAGCCCUUGCCAAAAGAAUCCGAUUUAACACCUAAUCACAUGCUACGCCGCCUCAUCCAGGCUUGGUGCGCCCAGAAUGCCUCCCAUGGCGUCGAUCGGAUUCCCACACCCAAACCACCUCUCGACAGGUUUCAAGUCCUCAAACUCAUCAAACAUCUUUGGCUACCUCAGUUCCAACUGAAAACUAUUGGGCAAUUGGAGUUGCUUGCAGCUGAAAGUGAAAGGAAUAGGAAUCCUAUGGUGGAAGCUGGUGUUCCAAGAGCCACGCUGUCGUUUAUUGCGAUGUGUUUCAAGAAAGGCCAAACGGAUGGUCUUGAGGAGGCCCUUAGUGUGCUUAAAUUUAUCCCGAUUCCUUCGGCCGAAACAAAGCAAGUACUUGUGGAGAACGAUCAUAUAAUCGAUUCCUUGACGUGGGUUCUUCGUUGCGAGAUGAAAAAUCAAAUCACGGUGAAAUCCCAUGCGAUGAUAGUGUUGAAAACAAUCACCAAAGCUGCGGGCUCGCGUGUACUAGAAAGAUUAGAACCAGAAUUCUUCAAGACGAUUGUAAGGGUUUUAAGGUGUGGGAUCACUCAACAAGGAAUUAAUGCAGCUUUGCAUGUGCUGUUAGAAACUUGUCCUUGGCGUAGAAAUCAAAUAAUAAUGGUUGAAGCAGGCACAGUUUUUGAGCUCAUUGAGCUUGAAUUGGGAGUUCCUGAAAACAGAACCACAGAGCUUAUUUUAGGGGUAUUAUUUCAUCUAUGUUCUCUCGCCGAAGGGAGAGCUCGGUUUCUGAAUCAUAGAGGAAGCAUUGCAGUGGUCUCUAAAAGGAUCUUGAGGGUUUCACCGGCAGCCGAUGAUCGAGCGGUGCUGAUCCUUACAAUGAUAUGUAAGUUCUCUGGGACACAUAUGGUGGUCCAGGAGAUGUUAAAGGUUGGGGCUGUGUCAAAGCUUUGUUCAUUGCUCCAAACUGACUGUGGCACAUAUUUGAAAGACAGAGUAAGAGAUAUCCUCAGGUUACAUUCCAAGGAUUGGAAGGAUUCUCCUUGCAUUGGUGUUUCCCAGGACCUAUAUCUUAGGUGAAAUCACCUUCUUUAUAUUUUGUCAUUUUAUUCUUAAUAGAAAUAUUUUAGCCAUAAAAGAUUUUAUAAAAAUAGAUUUACAAAUUAACGUAAUUUGACGUAAUAUGUAAGUCAAAUUAUAAAAUUAUUUAUAUUAUAAAAUAAAUUUAACGGAUCACAUAAA